UUUGGAAGUUUAAAUUCGUAUGAUUUAAAUAAAAUAUGAAAAAUAAAGAAAAUAACAUCUCUGUGAGAGGGGCGGGAGGCGUAUAUGUGUCCUGUAAUCGGGAUUUAGCUUUUCAAAAUCUGCUUCUAAAGAACUUGAGCUUUUUCGACGAAGUUAACAUCAUCUGUUGCUUGGGGACUAUUAACAUAUUCUGCCAGAGAUUAGAACUCAUGACAUGUUGAAGGGCAACGGAUUCCACCUCAUUACUGUGAGUUGAAGGAGACCCUCUUUAAGAUAGCUGAUAAACAACAUCCUUUGGAGUUCAUUGUCUACUGAAGUCCUCCAACAUGUCAGGUCGAAAGGAAACUGUACUGGAUUUAGCAAAGUUUAUUGACAAAGGAGUUCAAGUAAAGCUCACUGGUGGCAGGCAGGUGACAGGUACCCUGAAAGGCUAUGAUCAACUACUAAAUCUUGUGCUUGAUGAAGCAGUUGAAUUUCUCAGAGAUCAAGAUGAUCCUCUCAAGACUACCGAUCAGACGAGGCCCCUUGGUCUAAUUGUUUGUAGAGGGACUGCUGUUAUGCUUGUUGCACCAACAGAUGGAACUGAUGAGAUUGCAAAUCCAUUUGUUCAGACUGAUGCUGCUUAAUUAAUUAAAAAAUGUAUUUUGAUAAUAUGGGAAAUCUGAUCUUGUAUUCUUUGCUCUUUUGUACAAGGCAAGACAUUUUUGUUUUCAUAAUGUUAUUGAAUAGCAAACUUUGCAAUCCUUUUGUGGGCGAACUCUGCCCAACAGAUUGAAAUGCAACAUCUAUGGAUUGGAAAGCUUUUUCCCAGCGAAUUUCAAUUGUGAAUGGAAAAGUAUGACCGCAUAUUAUAGUGUUGUUUCGAUAUUCAAGACAGCACUCUAUGCUAUUAUAAAGAUGAAAGAAUAUACAUAACUACAAUUUACCUGUUA